AUGGAUGAUUCGAGAGUGGCGAAGUGCACCUAUGGUGCUGGAACUUUAAUGCUUAUUUUGUCUUCAACUACUACUUUUGAUUGGGUGUCCAACGAGUUGUGUAGUAGGUUUAAACUUAAGUUAGGUCAUUUUGAGUUGAGGUACUCUUUUAUGGAUUGCUCCAAUUGUUUAUUGGAAUCAGAUGAUGAUUUGAAAAUAAUGUUUAUGAAGUUUGAGGGUGGAGUUUGUGAGUUCCGUGAUAAGUUGGCUAAGUACUCGGUUGAGAAUGGUUUUAAGAUGAAGUAUUUGAAAAAUGAGCCUCGUCGUGUUACUGCCGUGUGUGCUAAGAAGGAAUCAAAUGGUUGUGAGUGGCAUGUGCAUGCUGCUAAGUCCAAUAGAAAGUUCGUAGCAAAUCCUUUGGUAAGGCCUAUUGAGCUGAUUACUGAUUUGAAGGAAAAUUAUGUAUUGGAUAUCCCUUAUCAUGUUGCGUGGUAUGGGAAGGAGUUGGCUACUAAGGAUUUACAUGGUGAUGAGGAGUUGUCUUAUGCUCACCUGCCUUGGUAUGUGGAUGUUUUGAAGGCCAGCAAUGUUAGAUCUCAUUGUGUGCUUGACUGUGGUGAGGAUAGUUCUCAUUUCCAAUGGAUCUUUAUAUGUUUCAAGGCCUCCAUUGAUGGUUUUCGAUGGUGUAGGCCUAUGCUGUUCAUUGAUGGUACUUUCGUCACAAACAAGUACAAGGAGGUAUUCCCUUUUGCCUUUGUGAUUGUAUCUGGUGAAACUGUGGACAAUUGGAGGUGGAUUCUACAAAGGAUAUCUGAAGUCUUGGUGGAUAAAGGUAGGCAACUUACAUUCAUUUAUGAUAGGCAUGGUGCUAUUAUCAAUGUUGUUAGGACUGUUUUUCUUGCUUUUCCCCAUGGUUUUUGUCUAUAUCAUUUGAAAGAGAACUUGAAAAAGAAGUAUCCGCAUUCUGUUGGUUCCUCUUUCAAGGAUCAUAUUUUAUGGAUUUUUUUAAAGUUGUUGUAUGCACCGACUAUUGAGGAAUAUCAACAUAGGUUGAAAAAAUUAAGAGAUGAUGGCGGUCCAACAAUAAUUGAUAAGUUUUUGGCUGAUCUCCCUGUCCAAAAUUUUGCUAAUGCAUUUUUUCCGGGAAAGAGGUAUGGGGAUGUUAGUAAUGCCUUGUCCGAGUCGUUUAAUUCAUGGGUUAAGGAUGUGCGUAGGCUUCCAAAUUAUGAGAUGAUUGACACUAUUAGGGUCAAAAUGAUGGAGAUGAUUUCUAGAAGGAAGCUUGCGUCUGAGAAAUGGUGUAGCGUUUUGUGUCCAGUUAUUGAGGAUGAGUUGAAGAAUUUAGCUGCAAAGGGUUGUCAUUGGAGGAUAUGUCGUGCGAGUGAAUCUAUAUUUGAAGUUCAUGCUGAUUUGAGUGUUAUGGUCAAUUUGGACGAGAGGUUUUGCUCCUGUUAUCAGUGGCAAUUGCUUAGGUUUCCGUGUCAGCAUGCGAUUCAAGUUAUCCAACAUUCCGGGUUAUGUUUGUACGACUUUGUUGAUGAGUAUUACAAGGCAGACUUUUAUAAGGCUACUUAUGCAACCCCUAUAUUUCCCAUACAUGAUAUUGAGAAGACUCCUCCUGGAGAUGUUUUUCUUCUACCUCCUCAUACAUGA